AUGCUCAAUUUCAUCCACAUAUUCUACUCCAUUCGUAUUAACCUCUACCAUCACCACCACAACCACCACACCAACCACUACAACAUCGACUCCAAGUCCCACAACACCCACACCAACAUCAUCCCCACCACCACCACCAACACAACCAUCUAUACUACCAUUUACAAGAAAAGAGCCGCCACUUCCACCACCAUUUCCGACAACACAAUCAGUGAUCUCCACUACCAGUACUCCACUGAUAUCAAGGACAACACCAAAGCAAAUGUCCAAAUGUUAACUAUUAGUGAAAGUCACAUAACAUUCAACAAAAUUAAUUUUGAAUUCCCAUUGAAACGACUUCCCGAUGACUACCAAAAACCAACAAAUAUGGACCAAAUGAAGACCUGUUCCCAAACACCGGGAUAUGGACUCGACUCAAAUUCAGAUGAAAUAAUCAAUGAACAAAUAUUCUGCAAACAAUUGCCACAAAUUAUACUCAACACACAUAAUAAGGGAGAUAUCAUAGAAGUGGCGAUCAAUCAUUUCAAUGCCGUCUAUACUAACAACGAGACACUGAUCUCACAAAACACCGGUUUGUGUCCACUCAAUGAUGAAGGGACUACCAGUGCAGAGCCCCCGACCUCGUUGGCUGGCAGUACAAAAAUAUGGGUUGGCAUCGGGUUCGCUAUUACCGGUGCUUUCAUUAUAUUUGUGAACGGCACCGGUAUUUCUCAACAACAACACCAAAUCCAUCGGACAGCCGACCUACGGGUGCACCCAAAAGCUGAUUGGCGGCAAACCCUCAAUCAAGUGGUCAACCAGUUUUGGUGCGGUACUAAACUCAGCGUAAAGGGUCUGUGGUGUGCCGGUACAUCCGCCUACGAGUGGCUGGAAAUGGAUGUCCAACAGACUCCCCGCCGAUUCUGUUGCUAUAUGUUCGACACGAGCGCCUGUAUCGCACGGGCGGCACAACAACUGUGCUCUCGCGACGACUACCGCAAGAUAGUCGAUAUAUUAGAGGCCAAAAACGAGGGUCUGAUUGCCGGCCAGUGUUCAGCCUAUGGUUACAAGUGGUACGACUGGAAGUCAUGGAAGUGUCACUUCCCUGUAGUUCCCAUAAUUGGUACAGGUCCAACGUUCAAGGGCAUUAACGCACUCAAUGGACAUCAAAUUUGCGCCGUAAUUAAUGCGGACAAUACACCGGUCGAUGUGGUUGUAGGCGACGACUACAUUGAAUUCCCAAUAUAUGAUGUGUUUGUGGCCGCCUAUGGCCUAAAAAGCGGUCUAACUUUGCGGGAAUUGGAAAAGGAAUCUGACCGAAAUAAAACUACUGAAUCGCUACCC